AUGAGAUUUCCCCCACUGUGUUCCCCUGGCCCCACCCUCCCUCUAACCCGAGCCCCCUUGAGUUUGGGCUUGGGGCUCACUACCUCAGGGCCCCCGUGCCCGAGCUUUCUGACAGCCAUCCUUGCCAUCAGCCUGUUCCGGUACAAGCACCCCUCCGAGGAGGAGCUCCGGGCUCUGGCAGGGAAGCAGAGGCCCAGAGGCCGGAAGGAGCGGUGGGCCAAUGGCCUUAGUGAUGAGAAGCCCUUGUCUGUGCCCCGAGACGCCCCGCUCCAGCUGGAGACCUGCCCCCUCACGGCUGUGGACGCCCUUGUCCUGCGCUUCUUCCUGGAGUACCAGUGGUUCGUGGACUUUGCCGUGUACACGGGUGGCGUGUACCUCUUCACCGAGGCCUACUACUACGUGCUGGGCCCAGCCCGGGAGACCAACAUUGCUGUGUUCUGGUGCCUGCUCACCGUGGCCUUCUCCGUCAAGGUGUUCCUGACAGUGACCCGGCUGUACUUCAGUGCUGAGGAGGGGGGCGAGCGCUCCGUUUGCCUCACCUCUGCCUUCCUCUUCCUGCUGCUGUCCAUGCUGGUGCAGGUGAUCCCGGAGGAGACCCUGGAGCUGGGCCUGGAGCCUGGCCUGGCCAGCAUGACCCAGAACUUGGAGCCACUUCUAAAGAAGCAGGGCUGGGACUGGGCGGUCCCUCUGGUCAAGCUGGCCAUCCGCCUGGGGCUGGCGGUAGCGGGCUCCGUGCUAGGCGCCUUUCUCGCCUUCCCUGGCCUGCGGCUGGCCCAGACCCACCGUGAUGCGCUGACCAUGUCGGAGGACCAGCCCAUGCUGCAGCUCCUCCUGCACACCAGCUUCCUGUCUCCCCUCUUCAUCCUGUGUCUCUGGACGAAGCCCAUUGCCCGGGACUUCCUGCGGCAGGCGCCCUCUGGGGGGACACCCUCCCCCCUGGGCGUCCUCAGCCUGUCGGACUCUGCCUUCGACUCCAUGCGCCUCUGGGUGCUGGUGGCGCUGUGUCUGCUGCGGCUGGCGGUGACCCGGCCCCACCUGCAGGCCUACCUGUGCCUGGCCAAGGCCCGCGUGGAGCGGCUGCGCAAGGAGGUGGGCCGCAUCGAGGCCCGCGAGAUCCAACGACGGGUAGUCCGGGUCUACUGCUACGUGACCGUGGUGAGCUUGCAGUACCUGACCCCGCUGAUCCUCACCCUCAACUGCACGCUUCUGCUCAAGACCCUGGCCGACCGGGCGGGAUGCGUGUGCGGGGCGAGUGGCGGCUUCUUGCAAGUCCACGUGGUACCUGCCUGGGUGCAGGGCGGGGGCUGCGACGGCGAUCCCAGGUCCGGAGGAGACAGCGAAGGGGGGGAAACACGGACACCGGGGGCCCCGAGUCGCACAGAAACCCAGGUGUGGUGGCGGCCGUGUGUCCGCUGGCGUCUGUCUGCUCAUCUGGGCUUUGGUCACGGCU